UUACUUCUCAUAAUAAUUUGAUAAUGGAGGGUUCCACUUCCUUAGGAUUCCUUUUCCUGGCUUUUCUAAUUAUUCCUCUUCCUAAUUUCUUCAUUUUCUGCACCGGACACUCUCACUCUCACUCUCACUCUCAACUUCGUUGCAUCGAUUCCGAGCGACACGCCCUUCUCACCUUCAAGCAAGACCUUAUUGAUCCAUUAAAUCGACUCUCCUCUUGGACUGUUGAUGGGGAUUGCUGUCACUGGCUUGGUGUUGUCUGCCACAACCUCACUGCUCAUGUCCACCAACUCCAUCUCGGAACCUUUUAUCCUAUUUGGGAUGAUUUGAUGACUGAUGAACAAAAUGAUGCUCAAGAAGAAGCCUAUGAGCGGUCAAUGUUUGGUGGUAAGCUAAAUCCUUCUCUGCUUGAUUUGAAGCAUUUGAAUUACUUUGACCUCAGCUUCAAUAAUUUCUCUGCUUCUCCUAUUCCCUCAUUUCUCGGUUCAAUGAAGAGUUUAACAUCUCUUGAUCUCUCUAAUGCGAGAUUUGUGGGACUCAUACCUCAUCAACUUGGAAAUCUCUCCAAUUUGCUCUAUCUCAAUCUCGAAGGCUAUGAUUCUGAUGAUUUAUAUGUGAAUAACCUUGAAUGGCUUUCUGGUCUUCCUUUGCUACAACAUCUUGAUAUGAGUUUUGUAAAUCUUAGCAAAGCCUAUGAUUGGUUUCAACUCACAAACACACUCCCUUCCUUGUUUGACUUGCGGUUGUCACAUUGCCAACUUAGGCCUUUCAUUCCACCAACUCCCAUUGUAAACUCUUCAUCUCUCCUCACCCUCGAUCUAUCUGAAAAUAACUUUCAAGGUCCAAUCCCUGUUGAUCUCCAAAACAUGACUUCUCUUAGGCACUUCGAUCUAUCUGCAAACAACUUCAACCAUACAAUUCCCAAUUGGUUGUAUAGUUUUAGUCGUCUUGAGUUUCUCAUCCUUGACUCCAGUAAUUUGCAGGGUACAAUCUCCAGUGCCAUUGGAAACCUAACAUCUGCCAUUAGUAUUGACUUGUCAUAUAAUGAACUUGGAGGAAAGUUGCCAAGAUCAUUGGGUAAUCUCUGUAACUUAAGGGAAAUCAGAUUGUCAUACAACAAAUGGAGUCAAGAGAUAUCUGAAAUCUUAGAAAGUUUAUCAGGGUGUCUUUCAGAUAGACUAGAGAUCUUAGACUUAAGUGAUUCUCAACUUCAUGGUCAUUUGACGGAUGAACUUGGGCUAUUCAAAAAUCUAGUCAAACUUUAUUUUUCAAGGAAUUCAAUUUCAGGUCCAAUUCCAAUGUCUUUAGGAAAUCUUUCAUCUUUGACAAACCUGGACUUUUCAUAUAAUCUGUUUAGCGGAACUCUCCCUCAAAAUUUGGGGCAAUUAAAAAAUCUAGUCAUACUUUCUUUUCAGUCAAAUUCAAUUUCAGGUCCAAUUCCAAUGUCUUUAGGAAAUCUUUCAUCUUUGAUAGACCUGGACUUUUCAUAUAAUCAAUUCAAUGGAACUCUCCCUCAAAAUUUUGGACAAUUGAAAAAUCUAGUGCAACUUGAUUUUCAGAAUAAUUCAAUUUCGGGUCCACUUCCAGUGUCUUUUGGAAAUCUUCAAUCUUUGACAGACUUGUAUCUUUCCUAUAAUCAAUUCAAUGGAACUCUCCCUCAAAAUUUUGGACAGCUUUCCAAACUUGAGACUUUAUAUAUUGAUUCUAAUAUGUUGAAAGGUGUUGUGUCUGAAGUUCAUUUUUCCAAUUUAACCAGUUUGAUCCAACUUAAUGCAUCUAGAAACAAACUGACUUUAGAAGUAAGUUACAAUUGGAAUCCUCCAUUUCAACUUGUGUCUUUAUCCUUGCGAUCAUGGAAUUUAGGGCCAAAUUUUCCUAGAUGGCUUUGUUCACAAAGACAUCUUCAGAAUUUGGACAUAUCCAAUACAAGGAUUUCUGGUGUUGUUCCCCCUUCAUUUUGGAACUUGUCGUCUCAGUUUGGCUUUCUAAAUCUGUCCCAAAAUCUUCUCUAUGGAGAGAUAGUAAACAGUCUCAUGAAUUUUUCUUCUAAUUCCGUGAUUGAUCUGAGUUCGAACCAUUUCAAUGGUUCGUUACCUUAUGUAUCCUCUAACGUGACUGUGCUAGAUCUUUCUAACAAUUCAUUUUCUGGAUCUAUUUCUCACUUUUUGUGUUACAAGAUGAAUGAGCCCAAACAAAUGCAACUUCUCAAUCUUGGAAAAAAUCAUUUAUCUGGAAAAAUACCUAAUUGUUGGAUGAAGUGGAACAACUUGAAGCUCCUAAAUUUAGGAAUCAACAAUUUCACUGGCAACAUUCCAUCAUCCAUUGGAUCUUUGACUCUUCUUAAGUCUUUGCACCUACACAGAAACAAAUUGUCUGGAAAAUUACCAUCAUCUUUCAAAAAUUGUGACUAUUUGAUGACCAUUGAUGUUGCUGAAAAUGAGUUUGUUGGAAGCAUACCUUCAUGGAUAGGCCAUAAAUGUUCAAGCUUGAUGAUUCUUAGCCUUCGCUCAAAUAAUUUUCUUGGUCACAUACCGGAAGAACUUUGUGCUUUAACUUCACUCCAAAUCUUGGACCUUUCACGUAAUAAGCUAUUUGGAAGCAUACCGAGUUGUGUUAAAAAUUUUAGUGCCAUGGCCACAAAAGAUACUUCAAAUUACGACAUGGAUUUUUAUCCCUCAGUGUUUAGUUCUGGUGAAUCAUUCCCUCUUGAAAGUGCAUUGCUUGUGAUGAAAGGGCAGAUUCAUGAGUAUAGUACCAUUCUCCGAUUGGUAAAAAGUAUAGACCUUUCUAUGAACAGUUUAUCAGGAGAGAUACCCAUAGAAGUGACCACUCUCCAAGGAUUACAAUCAUUAAAUUUGUCAUAUAAUCUCUUGAUUGGAAGUAUUCCAGAGAAUAUAGGUACUAUGGGAUCAUUGGAAUCUAUUGAUUUCUCUGUGAACCAACUUUCAGGUCAAAUUCCCACAAGCAUGUCAAGUUUGACAUUUUUAAAUCAUUUGAACUUGUCAAACAACAAUUUGACUGGGAAAAUCCCAUUAGGCACUCAACUACAGAGCUUCAAUGCGUCCAAUUAUAUUGGGAACAAACUUUGUGGACCACCACUUCCUGAUAAUUGUACUACAAGUGGUGCAAAACCCAACAUUGACAACAUAGGGUGUCAAGAUACUAGUAGACUUGUUGUGGAUUGGUUCUAUGUGAGCAUGGCACUUGGUUUUGUGGUUGGGUUUUGGAGUGUAUGUGGUCCUUUACUAUUGAACAAGAAAUGGAGAAUUAUGUACUUUCAAUUCCUAGAUCACACGGGGUAUAAGCUUAAGGGUGUUGUUUCAUUGUAAGUAAAUGUUGUAAAAUUCAUAAUAUUUAGUGCAAAUGUCAUGUGGUCAUGUUGUCAUGUUAAUCAAUAUUUUGAUGGUUUCUAUAUCAUAUUUGUGCUGGUUAAUCUUGUAUUAUUAGUUAAUUAACUCCAA